AUGUGUACGGUCGAGCGGUGUUGUCGCUCCACAACGUGGUCCUACUUGGUUGCCGUUUUGGUAUUUUCCUCCGUUUUAGACUUAACUUCUGCACAGUUGUACUUGUUUCUGUCAAAGGAGGAUGCGAGGAAUUACCUGAGUGAGUAUUUCUCUUUCGAGAAAGGGGAAAAGUCUGUAAAAAUAUCCCGCACCAUGUGGACAAGAAGAAAUCAAUCAAGAUUUGUUGUUCUAUUGCAGAAUUGGACUUCCAAGAGAAAUUGUAUCUCAUUCAAGCCGGAUUACCAGCAACGAUGCUAAAAAAUCCUACAGCAUUUCACGAUUUUAUGGCCCCGAUAGAGCCGUCAACCUCAGAACUACGAAUUAGCUGGUUUUCCUUGCCCCAGGUGAGUGAGACGUGACUACAGCGACGAGGAAUAUUAUAGAUUCAAUGGCGGAGUGUUUUGAUUUGAACUCGGGCUGAACAAAGUCCGCUACCGCUGCUGGAAAGAAUCAUUCGGCGAUUUCUUUUCGCGAUUUGGUCAUAGUUUUCAUUUUUGUUUAAAUUUUAUUCUAUUUCAGGGAGAAAAAAGUUUUCGUGUGCCUAGUAUCUUUCGGUAGUAGAACAAACACAGUACAAUACUAGCUAGGUUUACGCAAUGCCUUGCUAAGGUCCUCUUGGGUUGUCGUCUGACCUCUUAAUCACUUCUAUAUUCUUUCUGUACAGCUUAAGUAGAUUCUAGAACACAACUCUGUCUUCAAAAGGUGUCUCAGAAAAAUGUAAACGAAAUUUUACGGCCCCAAUAUCGUAAAAAAGAAACAGGGGGACUUAUUUUUCUAUUUAUUAUCAUUCACUGUUUGCAGCGGGGAAUGCAUUCUUUCAAUCGCUGUUGUUUGCUUAGCAAUGAAUGUAAAGAGUCCUAGUUCUGCGAUUUCGAGGUCAAUUCUGUUCGCUUGGUUUGAUUUCGUUAGCCUUUUCAGUGGGCUUUGUUAAUCAUUAUAUACUACGAUCUGAUAAUUCUUGCCCGUAAGGUGUACGCGUAUAUUAUGAUGUAUUUAUUGUUGUUUUCAAAUAGUGUGGUCACAUUAUGUCGUACAAUGAAUGGAAAUGUCCUACACCUUGUUAGAAAAGUUUCUUCUUUCGGUGUUCAUUUUUUACAAAAUAACGACGAACGAAGCUUUAUGUCUAGUACUUUGGCGACGAAGCCAUUAUCUGGCGAAAUAGAAAACGCUUGGCGAAUUGUAUGCCUGUUUUCGAAUGAAUAUUCAUAAAUGGAAUAUUAUCCUUCUGGAAUGCGAUCGCCAAAACUUAGUUUUGCAAUGAAAACAUCAUCGAACAUCGCAAGGUGGUAUGUGUUUUUUUUUUUUAAAUUGAUUCUCCAACUUUUUCUUUCGUCCUUUGUGAGAGCAGGAUCAAAUCAUGUCAUUGCUAUUUUCACGUAUCGUGCUGUGGUGCUUAAGUUGUGGAAUAAUUCGAAUGAUUUUGUUCUUCCGUUGGUUUGAGUCAUUUCCUGUUGUUCAAGUCGAGACUUUUGUAAGACACGAAAAGUCUUGUUUCACUAAUCAACGAAAGAUCUGAGAUAGGUAAUGAAACGACAGACAAUUUCAACAGAUAAAGAACUUGGCUUGUUGCAACACAGUUUAAAGUACAAUGUUGGCAUCUUAACUGGAUUUGUUAGGAAUUUUAGGAGACAAUACAAAAACAGCCUCCAAACAAUAAAUUAUACACGCUCUAUACUUGUGAUCGUGGCCUUUUCUAAUAUCUUUUGAGAAUUUUAUUUUUCAGUUUUAUAUCAGAUUGUGCCAGGGAACUAUUUUUUUAUUCAACAAUAUUAAUGCAGCUUAGUUAAGUAAAACUAAAGCUUUUUCUUCCACUUCGAGCAUUAUAUUGAACAUUUUGUGGAUAAUUUUCAAGUGGUCAUAAAUAUUCAUUUGCAAUACUAAGACAGGUAGAAUAAAAACAUUACUAUUAGUAUAGUUACAUAUACAAGUAGGUAAUUUUUGUUCUGUAGGCAGAAGCCUUUAGAUCUUCCUGAGUAACACAUUGUAAGAAUAACUUGCAUGCAUUGUAGGCUACACAAUUGCAACUAGGGUGUUUUUCAUUUCAAAGUAUCCUUAAAUUUGGGUCAAAAAUAUAGUUGGAUGGUCAGGCUAAGUGGAAAAUUUGUAAGAAAAAGGUAGAGUGAUCUGCUUAUCUGAGUGGUCUGUGGAUCUUUGAUGAGCUUCAGAUAUUCUUGUUUCAGCAAGCAUGCUGAGAUGUCAUAGGCUGGGGAAGUGUUUGUUGAUUGGGGAAGUUGGUUGGAAAGGACGGAGAUUUUAUGACUCUCUAAUAUGAAUUUAGCUUAAAGGUCACAGUAGAAAAUGUGUGGAUUGUUUUGUCAAAGUGUCAUAGCUUUUCUCUAAAUCAGCUUAGUGACAAGUGUCUUAAGUUAUGUAACUUGUUUGUGGCAUGUGUAUACCAUACAUGCAUGUGUAUUGUCUGUUCUUGUAGUUUAAAGUUCUAACCCUUUUAAAUAAACUGAGCCAAAUGAUACUUGAUACCACUGACAUGAUUUCAACAAAGCAUUUAUUAUUGAUUGUGCAAGUGAAAAAAUGAGCAAUGACCUUCAAACUUUGACAAAACUCCUAUUUAGCAAAUCAGGUGCAAAAUGGAUGGGAAAGAGGUUUCUUUUUUGUGGUGAUAGGUCUUAGAUGAACAUAGAAGUGAUAUUUCUUAUUUGUUCAUUAGAAUUUUGAAAUGUUAGGGGUAAUUAUGAAAUUAACUGUUAUUCAGGGGCGGUUAAUUGAUCUUAGAAUGUAAGAUAUGGAUUUUAAGGGCAGGGUUGUUUCACAACUCCAGGAAAUUAAGCACAAGCAGCACUGUAACUGACAGCAUUCAAAUAUGUAAAAUCUUUUGCCGGCAAAUGCCUCUAGAGAACUUUGGUUUAACACUUCUCCUUUGAUCCAUCAACAAUUAUUGCAAAAUAAUAAUAUUGAACUUCAAACUCUAUCUUUUACCACAGUGGGCAGGAUAUGUUUCAAACUGUCAAAGCUUUGCCUGUCAUUAGACAAAAGUUUUGUUUUGGAGUGAUGGUCUUGAGUCAGCAUGCAAAGUUGCUACAACUCAUAAUCUCACCACAAUAUUAACUCUCCUUGUGGUUAUAUUUUCUAUAAAAUGUUACCAGUAUGUUUUAAGUUGUAAGUACAAAACAUAACAUGAUGUUUUAAAGGUGAACUCACUUGCUCACAUUCGUCAAACAAUGACACUCUCUGUCAACCGACAAAGGCUAACUUUUAUUUAAAGAAAGUCAGUGAUGAAAAUUCUUCCUGUUGCAGCAUACUAGCGCUUUAAAAACACUGAUGCACUUGUAAACAGUAAAAUUGGCAAUGAAAUGUAAUGUGACCUAAGUUGUAAAGUAAUGUCUUGCUUCAAGAUCAACUGACCCAUGUCUCGUUGAAGUAAUUCUCAAAAGUCCAAUUAAUUUUUCUCCUUAUUUCUGUAAUGCUAUAUUUACUCUGGUUCGCUGUUUCUUUUUUUACAGCCUUCCCAUUACAGCAUGAGCUUUGAAUCAAGUGAUCGAAGCAUCAUGUGGGAUCCAGCACCAUCAAUUCCACUUCAGGGGAUUGUAGAGCAGGCCACUCACAGUAAGAAUGUCUCUCAUUAACUCUGUAAUCCCCAAUAUCCACUGGCAAAUUCUCAGACUGAUCUCCAUACAGUUCAGUAAAGGAUAAGUUGAGAGAAUUUGAUAAAAAGAUCAAAGCAUUUUACCUUUUGAUAACUUCAUUAAUUCUUGAAAUAUUUUCUCUUGAUUGUGUGUUGUUGUCGUUAGGAGAAAAUUUAUGUUGAUUGCUCUUGGCAGGGAUCCAUAUUCAUUUUUUCUCAGAGUCAUGAGCGGGGCAAGUAAGCCUGAUGGCAUACUUGCCCGUUUACAAUUUGGGUUGGGCGGGCAAAAGUGCAGAAUUAUAUAAACUUAAAAGAAUGGUGAAAAAAUUGUGUGCAACUGGAACAUUUCUGAUUAGCAUUUAUGUUUUACAAGUAGCCAUGGUUGGUCAGUUUGCCGUGAAGGCAAGAUGACGUGCUGGUGUUUUCCCCCAUAUCAGGCAGCUGCUCCCGCGUGACCUUUUUGCAAAAUGUCUUCUAAAAAUGUCACAUCUGAAAGUGUGUAAAGCACCAGCUUCAUGCUCACCUUUUUUUCCCACCAAAGUCGACGAAACGCGUUUUAAAAAAUGCCAGAUCUUGACAAUUGCUGUUAUGUUUUCGAUGAAUGGCCUCUGAAUGCAGUGCUUCUCAAAAAACUGAGCCUGGGAUCAUUUCGUAGAAAAUGCUACACCAUUAAAGAUGGCGUCCAAACUUAUGAUUUCAUUGCAGACAGAAGCUGCUUGUUAUUCUCCAUUAUUCUAAAAGCUUUAAGUGGAUCAGAAAUGUAAUCACAACACAGGGAAAAUAAUAAUCUUGGAAAAGAUUUUGUGGUUGAGCAAAACCUCACUUGUCCAAAAGGGGACUUUUGAAGUUAUCUUAAUCGUUCAUACGAGAUUGUAGUCGUCUGGGACGACCGGAUGACUGGGAAUAUGGAUCCCUGUCUUGGGAUUCAAAGGGGUAACCUUUUCUAAAAAAAAGAAGAGAGGCUGCUUCCAUGACUCAUCAGCACUUAUGUCUGCGUGGUUUAUUAAUUAAACACAUUUUUUUCUGUUUUCAUUUUACUAGUGUUUUCAGUUCGCUUUAUAUGUACUGGUAAAACGACUGGUCAAGUUGACAUGACUUUUAAUCUCAACUACACAAAAGUUACAGCAGCGUCAGUUGAUGUAGGGGAUUUUAAGUCAUUUUCAAUUACAGCAAGGAGGAAAUGCUUAAAAACAGGUAUCUGUUUUUAUUUUUCUUCACUGCCUUUUCUAUUAAAAGAGCCUUAAAAAAAAAAAUUAUUUCCAAUGGAUGUUUACUUGCAAGUCAGCUUGUAAAUCACCUAUAUUGCAAUUACCUGGGCCACACUUUGUUUUUUUCUUAAACAUUGGACUUGGACUUAUGAAGAUAGGUGUUUGGUUUAUUAUGAAACAUACCGUGGGACUGUGCUCUUGCAGAGCCUGGUGGCUCCUGGCGCCUAACUUUUGCUCUUGGGUAACUAGAGAAUCUAAGAUUUUUCAUACAAAUCAUAUGCUGUGCACCCUAGAUUUUACAGUUUCUGAGGACUGGGCUCUCUUCAAUUUUCCUCACAGCACAGCCUUGUACACUAUCUUGUAUCUGGCCUAGUCUUCAACAGUUUCUAUGAAAACUGUAAACACAAAAAAGCACUUGGUUAAGGCCACCUUUUUUAAUUCCAUAUUUUUAUUUUGCUUACAGGUGGGAAUGAUGAUAGCACAGAAAUUGCUAAGCCUGCAGCAGCCACCCCAUCAAUCUGGUCACGUGGACUGAUCGUUGGACUCUCUGCGGGCCUGACCGUUGUCAUCUUAUUAAUAGCUGGACUAUUGAUAUUAUGCCGUUAUGUCUUGAGACAGAGGAAGCUAAAAAUAAAUUUUGAGAAUGAACUGGAAAUGGGUGACAGCAGGUACUGGAACCCUUGUUCUAUGACUUUUUGUCUAAGUUUUAUGGGUGACACUCAAACAUUAUUUUUGCUGUUGUUGUUGUUAUUGAAGUGAAGUGUAAUAGAGUAUGUGAAAUUGUUGAAUACGAGGAAAAUUUUUGCUGAUAUCAUUGUUUACAUUUUUGUUCAUUAGCGUGCAUGUUAACCCAUAGAAGGCAUCUCCAUACGCACAAAUUAAAUUCAAAAGUUGAAAGAGUUUGUAAAUUUGAGCAAUUUGCAGCUCUUUGUAAGCAAUAACAAAGGAAAUAGCGGCCAUCGAAAACUGCGAAAUUGCUGAGUGGCAAAAACCUUAAAGAUCCCAUACAUACUUUGUAAAGUUUCAAGUUUUUCAAAGAUAAUUUGUCCAAAAUUAUCCAGUGUGUUGGGCUCAAAUUUUCUCAGAUUACUGUAACUGUUUUGCUCUUUCAAUAUUCAGGUAGUUUGUUUAAGGUGUUUUGAUACAGUUUUUCAGAGGUCAUACCAAUAUUUUUCAAUCGCCUUAAAAGUGGUUUUUUAAAGCUUUCCUUCAGCUGACACCUGACUCGAAGAAAUUUGGGCAGAAGAUAGUUUUCUUACUGACUAACUUGGUUUCACAUUCGUUCCUUCUAAGUGCCUAUCUUAAUAUUGUAUUUCAGGCCCCAAAAGGUUUACACAUACUCAAAAAGUGAAGUAAAAGUCGAAGAUGAUGAACUGGAUGAUCCCGUAACUGUUUCUAAAACCAGAGUUUUCUACAGCCCACCAAAACCAAAGUUUUUACCGGCUGAGGGGCGUGGCCGCAUAAACUCUUCUGGUAGCGACACUUCAAUAUCUAAACUUAUAAUUCCAGAAGAAGACAGUGAUUCACACAUUCCAGAACAGCCAGAGGGAAAAUACAGCAACAAGGAUGCCAGACAUAGUUCAAGACAUAAACACAGAAGACAUGAAAAAUCCAGGAAAGGAGGUAAGAUUUCUAAUACAGUCAACUCUCGCCUUGCGGACACCCCACUAUAACGGACACCCCGACAAUACGGACAGCAGCUAAAUCCCCAGCAAAAACAAAUUACAGAUGUUUGACUAAAAUCAACUCCUGCUAUUACGGACACUCGCAAAUGAGGACACUAACUCGAGGUCCCCACAGUGUCCGCUAUAAAGGGAGUUGACUGUAGAGUGAGCAUGAAUUCUUUGCGAGGUUUUACCCUGGGUAAAUUGUAGGAAGCCCAGUGUAUCAAAAGUUAUGAAUCUUUGGUGUCCAGUCGAUUAAAUCCUGAGCAAAAGCUACAACCAGUUGCAAAAAUGUUGAGACACUCCAAGGAAAAACCGGCUUUUCUUAUUUCAAAUCGCUGCUAGUCACACAACUGUGAGAUAUAAUACUCAACCCUCCCCUCCAUUCAGAGUUGUUGCUUAGAGUUCUGAGCAUGAUCUUGUCUUACAAGACAACUGUCAAUCAAUGUGUAAGUAACCAGUAUGUGAUUUGGAAAUCUUGAAAAGCAAAAACUUGACCAUUCAAUUAAGAAAGGCCCUGCAGAGAUGGCAAGGAAUCUUGGCUUAAAUGAUGACUUGUGUGCUUUUGUCAAGACACCUUUCACUGUGAUUGGUUCCUUCAAGGGAAUACCCAAUGCAAGAUCAACACUACAUCAAGACAUGUUUUGUUUUCCUCUGCAGUUCCAAAGUACAGUUGGAUUCACGAGAGACCAUCAUCAUCGUCAUCCUUGUCAUCCCACGAGACAGAAUCUUUAUUAGAGAGGCGUAACAGUGAGUUACAUUUUGUUUUACUUGUCUGGUUUUUAAGUAUUUUAAAUUUUUGCUGUAGGAGGGUUUAUGAAUAUCAUGUGGAUUAUAGAUUCUAUGUUUUAGGCAAAAUUUGUCAGCUGUUACAUUUUUCAUUUGUAUAUUUUGACAAUAUUUGUUUUACAAUUAUUAGAGCUUUCAGAAAACCUUGAUGUAUUUGAACUGUUUCAUCUUAUGUUCAGUAAUAAUACCCGGUCCUUCAAGCUCAACACUUUUCAAAGUCGCCUGAAAUGAUAGAAUGGUUGCCAGACUUCACAUGUAUUAAAACGAGAUACUUUGUGCGAUACUGCAUGAAUUGUUUAAGAGUUUCCAAACUACCUCAGUUGAAUUUGGAGGUAUAUGCGAUAUCUCCAGGCUUUUUGCCUGAACAACCAGGGUUAAAGAAAAUACCCUGAAUACUCUGGCAUAAUGUCAAGAUAAAAGUUUAAUGUUACUGUUUUAAUGUUUUACAGCUCCUGAUGAAAUUCAGAACAUAGAAGGUUUAUUCACUUCUCUAAAUGAAUUUUGGGCAGCAGAGUUCACUGAUUUACUACUGUCACGAGACCAGGUGUCUGUUGGAGAACCCUUGAUUAGAGGUAAAGUGAAAAAUUCUUGCUUCACUCUACCUUCACCCACAGCCAAAUAAAAAAAUUUCACGUUCAACGUGACGUUAACAUUUCAGCAAUAUGUUAGAUUUAUCCUCUUGCAGGGAUAAUGUUAUUGCCUUUUGAAAAGAUCAUUAACCUUUCAUCUGAACAGUUAUGCUGAUUGAUAAAAUUUAUUGUAUUGCAGGAACUUUUGGGUGUUUAUACAAAGGCACUGUACGUGGGCUUUUUGACGAACAGCCUCGUAAGAAGAUUGAUGUGUCCAUCAAGGCACUUCGAGGUAUGCAAGUGUAGCUUUUGUUGAUAUUAAAUGGGAGAAUUUAAAAUGCUUAAAGGUUUGUAUUGAACUUCAGCUUUCGAAGUGAGGAGAAAGUGCAUUUGUUAAGUCUAAAAUGAUCUGUUUUUUCUUUGCAGAUGAAGCUGACAUGGAUACAAUCUCAUCUUUCAUUCAGGAAGCCGUAGUUAUUAAGGAUCUGAAACAUCCCAACAUUGUUGAACUUGUGGGCGUGGUUCUCCAGCGUGCAGCGGCCCCUUAUAUUGUCACACCUUUAACUAGAAAUGGAGAUUUAGGUCACUUUUUGAAGAUUUCAAGGGCAACAUCUGCUCGAGUACAGGUAAAAUCACCAACCUUUGAGUUUAAAAGUUAAAUGAUUAGACUUUACAGGGGUUGCAAUAAUAAUAAUUUGAAGUAGCCAGCAGGUUCAAAUAGAGUAACCAACUGUAUCAACAAGGGGCUGUUGGUCCCCUUUUUUGCGGGGGAGGGUCUGGGGGUGUGCUCCCCCAGAAAAUUUUGGAAUUUCAAAGCCCUAAAAUUUUAUUUCUAGUGUUCCAGGGACAACAUUGAGUACAGAAGAGCGUGUUUUUCAUUCAAGAAAAUAUAGCUCUCCUUCAGGGUUCAUAGCCAUACGAUCAAUUCUCACAAGCAAUGAACAAAUGUCAAUAUUCAAAAUUAAGUACAUUAUUUUGCACAUGAACAAAUUCUGCGUAAACCUACAAAGAAACGUGGGAAAAAUUAGCUGAAAUACAGUGUUUGUGUAACCAGAAGCAUGUCUGGUGUAACUAAAGCAUAACAUAUCAGAGGACCUUGAGAGCACAUCAUAAUUAACUUACAUUUUUGUUCAGAUUUAAUGAUAUUUUUUUUGUUUAUGACAUUUUUUAAACUACAAUUUUGCUUCCCUUUUGGGGAAAAAAGUAGCCGACUGCUGUGAGCAAAGUAGCUGGCAUGUUUCGUCGGUCAUCGGUACUUAUUGAAACCCCUUAUUUGGGUAUUCAGCAAAUGAUGAGCUUCAAAUAUAUGCUGUAAACUGGCUGUUUUCAAAUUUCAGAUACUUCUGAGCAUUUAAUAUUUUUCCCAGCUAGCCAUCCUGCUUCUAAACUUGUCAAUACCAUGGGAUUAAUACUUCAAGGAUAAGAAAUAAUAUUAUAAUUUUUUGUUGCCAUUGAAACAUGUGUUCUCUCUUAACAGACGAUAACAUCACGACAGCUGAUAGAGUUUGCAAUUGAAAUCUGCAGUGGAAUGGAUUACAUAAGUCGAAAACAAAUAGUACACAGGAAUCUUGCAGCCAAAAAUUGCAUGUAAGAUUGAAUUUUAUGGAUUUUGUUUGCCUUUUUUGUUCCAUGAAAGGGUUUGAUAGUAAUAUUGUGCAUACAGUUUAAGCAAUUAAUGUCAUAAGAAGAUGAAUAAAUAAUUCUUAAAAAAAGCUUCAAUGGGAUUGGAACCCCAAGAUCUAUGUUAUUUGUAUGAUGUAAUUUCCCUACUGAACUGUGAAUCACACUGGGAUUGGAAACUGGGGAAUCAAAUGGGCUCGAUGUUUCAGUAAAAGGAUUAAGUAUUUGUUUUUGUGUCUAAUAUAGAGGUGAGAAUUAAGGCCAUUUUGGUGAUUCUAAUAGUAUUGCAGUGGUGGCAUAAUUAUUGCAUUGUAGCUGUUAUUCCACCAGUAAUCAGAAGUUGUAAUCAGUGGUAAAAUUCCAACAUCAGUACUGUCGCUAUUGGAACUUUUGCAAUCAGUGAUCUUUACAUUGCUGGUCUUUUUCAGUGUUGGUGAUGACCUGAGCAUCAGGAUAACAGAUUUCAGUCUUGCUAAAGAUGUAAACUCCACCAACUUAAAUGACAAAGGAAUUCGAUCCAGGCUGCUAGUGAAAUGGUCUGCUCCUGAGAGUCUCCAAGAAGGAGGACAAUUCUCAGAGAAAAGUGAUGUGGUAUGUUUAGUUCCUUACUAUUUUUGAUAAUUGUACUGAUUUCAAUCUGUCACUUUUGGAGAAAUAAUGUUGAUCAGCAGUUCAAUUUGUAGGUGGAAAAAGGGGAUUGACACUGAUCAAGGAAAAAAUAAGGGAAGCCGUUUUCAUUUCAUCCACAUGGCAGACCUUAUUUUCCUCUGUUUAUUGCCUCAUCCAUAGAAUUACUUUGACCAUUUGCCCAUCUCUCACAAUACACCUUGUUUGCCCUCAAUCCCCUUCCCCACCCUCCAAAUGUAUUGUGGGUGAUGUGGAAAUGGCUACUAAUCAUUCAUCAUAACCAAGGUUUUGGACACGUCUUCCACUGUUUUUUUUAGUACUGUGACAGUUUAAAAUAAUCUAAAUCAACAUUCUUUGAAGGCAGAGUUGUGCAUUUCAGAGCUUAAAUUUCUAUUCCUUUGAAUUGGAGUGACACUAGCUGACAAAUAUCUUAAUUUUUGAUUUGGUCUGUAUUAUGUACAACCUAUAAGAGUUGUCAGAAAUUUGUUAAAAAAAAAAACUUCAAAAUAACCGUCAAACUUGUAGCAUUUUCAUCUCUACAGUGCAAGUAAGGCAUACCAGUAGUUUUAUUUAUAGAACUUUCAAUCAAAUAAGUGGUGUUUUGGCUUGUGAUCAUAGACAAGGGCUGCAUUUUUCUCUUGUUCUCUUAUUGAGGUUUUAAUAGUGUUCAAGCUAUUCUGGACAGUUUCUUACAACAGUUUGUUUCCUUUGUAGUGGUCAUUUGGUGUAGUGUUAUGGGAGCUUGUCACUUUAGCAAAAGCACCAUAUCAAGCCAUUGACAACUCAAAAAUGGAGCAGCAUUUGCAAGCGGGACAGAGACUUCCUCAACCAAGCAACUGUCCUCAAGACCUGUGAGUUUUACUAGCUUAUGAAUACUGUAAACUGUCACCUUUAAGCCCCCAGCCCUCCUUAUUGGCCUAUCUUCCAGUAAGCAAAAAAUACAUCUGAUUAUAAGCCCCCCUCUAGCUUUCCAUUUCUUGAAUUCAAUUUAUGAUGAUGUUUUGAAGCUUAUUUAAAAAUCAGUAAAUGCAAAAUGUUUUGAUCAUCACUGCUAGUAUUAUAGCCUUUCUCAAAGCUCGUUUUCUGUUCCAGUUACAAGUGCCAUCAGAUAAUAUUAUAAAGCUCUCUGUUUAUAAACCAUCUUAAAACCCCUUUCAAAGUUGUAUAAGCCUAGGGUUUUUUAAGCAGCAGUUUAUUAUCAGGAUCUGGGGCCCGUUUCUCAAAAGCCCCGAUAAUUAACGGGCCCGGUAAGCUGUCUCCGUUUACAUUAAAGAUCGAGGUUCCAAUAGUUUUGCAUCUAACAUGAUAAAACUAUCAGUUAAUGAAACAAAAUGGAGUCGUUUGCUAGCCAGGAGUGGCGCUCUUAUUCUUUAUAUUUUGAUUUGAAUAUUUUAUUUCGGGCCCAAAAAGUUACCGGGACUUUCGAGAAACGGGUCCCUGGCUCUUCAAGUUUUUUCAUAAACAAACUUAACGUGAUAAUUAUGUUGGUUUAUUUUUUGUAGAUAUUUGUUGAUGAAGAAUUGCUGGGAGUCUAGUCCUACAUCGAGACCAACAUUCAACUUGUUGCUGAAGCAAUUGGAACAUUUUGUGACAAGACUCACACAGAAUGGUGUCAAGUUUGAAUAUCUACCAGAAUCCAUCUGUUAAUGAUAACAGUUUGUUAUUAAAAGAAAGGCUAAGCUGUUGUCAAAGGAAAAAAUACUGUUGUAGCAAUUAAUUAAUUUUAUAUUAUUGUACCAUAAGAUUCUGUUAAAUUUUGUAUAUUGUACAAAGUCAAAUUAUACAUUGCUUAGAAAUUUAAUCUUUCAUUGUUGCAGAGGCUCUUGUUCGGUGCCUCGCAAAAUAUUUGAAAAACGUUUGUAGCUUCUUUGUUAAAUGUUGUAUAGAUCACUUUAAUUAUGAACCUUCAUUCUCAUCAGUCAAAAAAUUAUGCCUCCUUCUAGUCUUUGUAUUCAAAUUUUGAGAUCACAUGUUAACCUUAAAAUCUUAUGAAUGAUUUUAUCACUUUUAUAUCUGUAACCCACAAAACCUUCUGCCUGUUGCAACAUUUGCCAGCUCAUGUUGUUUAAGGACUUUCUCUACUCUUAAACCUCACUGUUACAAAGUGUAGACCCAGACUUGGUGCUCAGUUAUCAAUUGAAUUGUGAAUAGCACUGUUUCCUUAUAUUUCGUUACUGAACGAGAAAUCCACAGUUAUGUUUCAGUUUUCUUUUAAUAUUCCCAUGGUAGAUCUCUCAAUUUCAUCAUCUCAGGCGGAAAUUAUUGAUCCAUACCAAAGCUGAGUACAUCCCAAAUUAUAUUUGUAGUAAAGAGAGGUAUUUUUCUACAGAACAAAUCACAUCCUCAAGCAGACAGUAUACACAUUAAUAUCCUACUUAUGAUGUAUGUUUUUGAAAAUUGUGAAGAUAUUUUUUGUCUUAAUGCUGAUAACUGCAAAUGAAUGUUUGCAAAUUUGGGCAGAUUUGCAUUCAAAUCUGUCAUGCAGGGCCAUGUCUAGCCCAAAAUUUUUUUUUAUUUCAGUUCAAAAGCAUUAGGCUCAGUUUAAUUGAUUUGACCGUAGAGAUUAAUUAUUGAAUGUAAAUAGCUGUAAAC